ACAGCUGAAGGAAAUGAGCGGCAGAGGCAAAACCGGCGGCAAAGCGAGAGCCAAGGCCAAGACUCGCUCCUCUAGAGCCGGACUUCAGUUCCCCGUGGGCCGCGUCCACAGACUCCUCCGUAAAGGCAACUAUGCUCACCGUGUGGGUGCUGGCGCCCCAGUGUAUCUGGCCGCCGUGCUCGAGUAUCUGACGGCCGAAAUCCUUGAGUUGGCCGGAAACGCCGCUCGAGACAACAAGAAGACUCGCAUCAUCCCCCGUCACCUGCAGCUGGCGGUGCGCAACGACGAGGAGCUGAACAAACUUCUGGGAAGAGUGACCAUCGCUCAGGGCGGCGUUCUGCCCAACAUCCAGGCCGUGCUGCUGCCCAAGAAGACCGAGAAGCCCGCCAAGACCAAGUAAACGGGCGACAGUUCGUUUCAAACCAAAGGCUCUUUUAAGAGCCACCCACUUCACCUAUAAAAGAACGAUGCGAUUCCUG